GUUGAUUCCGAAUUUCAUGUUUCCCAGAGGCCCGAGGUUUGAGGCGCCCAAAGUAUCUGAUAUACCUGGCCCUAACGCCUAUAAUAUUGCUCUGGACUCCCAACUCGACGCAUAUAAACGUGGUGCUUUCUUGGAAAAGAUGGACAGAUUUUCGAAAAAGGAACCUUCUGAUGUCCCCGGACCGAAUAGUUACAACACAGACACUAUAGCGACUACCAGCAAACCAACUACUAAACCUUCUUCGAACAAUGCCGACCGCUAUGCCAUUUUACAGAGGAAGGUAGAAGAUUUAGAAAGACUACACAAUGAGGACAAGAGAUCCCACAACAAUGAGAUUGAUUGCCUGAAGCUUGAGCUAUCUCGCGCUCAAAAGACAGUUUUAGAACAAACUACCCGACUUGACAAACAGAAGAAACAACAUGACGCGCUCGAUCUUCGGAUACAAGAACUCAGCAAAGCCGCUUCCUCUGAUAAAGCUGAAAUUAAAGGGCUUCGCAUGAAGCUUCGUGUAACAGAGCAUGAGCGUGCCCAACUGUCUUCCAAACAAGGGGACGUCAUCCAAAGGAAGAAUAAGUGGAAGGAGGAAAUCAGGGAGAAGGAUAAAAAGAUCGCUCACUUGGAGAAGGCCUUAGAAGCAGCGAAGAAGCGGGGAGAGGAAGCGGAGGCAUUAUCGAUGGUGAUGAAAGUGAAACGAGACGAAGACACUGCAGCUGCACGAGCGGCCUAUGAAGUUCUUCAGUCAGAAGCUGAUACUGCCCGAAAAGAGGCUACACGAACGCGUCUCAAAUUGGAGGAGUCCUCAGCUGAAGCAGACUCAUUGCUUGAGGAUUUGCGGCAGCAGAAACUUCUCCUGGAGACCGUCUCGAAUGAAUACAGCCGCCUCGCUACUGCUACCAUCUCUAAGACGACAUUUUCCCGUUUACAGAACAACCAUCUAACGGCACAAAUGUAUGCUUUCCGCCUCCAGCGGAAGCUAGCUAACGCAGAGGGACAGGUCGUCGAAUUGGCGAAUUUGAUCCGUCAAGUGAGGGAUCAGAACCACCUUUUAGCAGAUCGGUUACGCGAAACUGAGGAGGAAAUUCGUUCAUUCUGGUCUCCCGUCCUUCGAUCACAGGUUGUCAGUCGGCGUCCUGUCGACGAUACAGAUGCUGUAAUCGCAGCUGUUGAAAAGGAUAUGCACGAUGAGUCUGCGCUGCGAGACCACCUCGACACAGAGAUCGAUAAGAUGUUCACGGACUACUACUGCCUGCUCUGCAACGACAUUCUCUCCUCACAUUGCGAGGCGGAUCUGGAACUGACGGACGUUGGGCAAUCAAAGGAGGAUUUGUCAAAGAGACUAGCGGAAGUCGAAGAAUAUCUUGGUACCGUAUCGAGACAAGUUUCGCAGACGGAGGGGGAACGAGAUAAUGCUCGCCAAUUGUUUAAGGCUGCCGAAGUCUUGGCUGAGGAUCUAUGUCAGCAGUCCGAGGAGUAUAGGCGUCAAACAGCAGAUCUGAAGGCGAAGCUGGAGGAACAGUCCCAUACUUAUAAGGAGGAACUCAAAGGAGAAAAGGAAAAUGCCCAGAGGCUGACGUCCACCAUCCACAAGCAGCGUAUGGCUGAGGAAGGUCUUCGUGCUGAAAUUGACCUGCUUGGUAUCGAAGUAGCCAGUGCUGAGCAUCUUCAGGAAGCUUAUCGUGCUCUAUCUGAGGAGGUUGGCUCGCUUCUCGCAAAAAAUGCCCUGGCCGAGGAUGUCGCUCAGCAGCUGAGUAAAUUCAACGCCGAAAUCAUAGGGCACCAAAACCAUGCACAGAAGAUUAUGUAUGUCGAACGGAUACGAAAUGAACUAGCUGAAUCCAAACAGAAACACGCAUUAUUAACGCGGGAGCAUGAGGCUCUUGUUUCGCAGAAACGGGAGCUGCUGAACGAAAUUGACAUGUACAAGUCCGUUGUAGUGCAUGACAAGCCAAAGACGACCAUCACACGAGUACACCGACUGCCGCUGACCGACUUUAAUCAGAGCAUGAGUCAUUAUCUUCCCCAAUCGAAGGAUACUGGCCUCUAUCCACGUACACUAGACACGAUACCAGUGGAUGGCGAAUGACACUGGGUGAGAUAAUGUGGGCUUGCAUUCCUAUUUAUAUCGUACAUAUACAUGUUCCGUAUCUAGUAUUGAUACCAUCAAAAUGUCUGAUGGGGUAUAGGG